UUCAGUAUUUUAUGAGCUCUUCUUCGCUUCCUCCACCACAGAAUCAAGUUCAUAUUUGGUUGAGUAGCGUAUCGAAGCACACAGUAGAGAAUCUUUUCAAGUUAUUAUCCUUGGAAGAAAAAAUGAAGUGUAAGGAAUUCCUGUCUUUAGAGAGUCGAGAUACGUUUAUUGUAGGAAGAGGUGUUAUGAGAACUGCUUUAUCAAAAUAUUUGACGAUUUGUGAACCUAAAGAUUUGAGCUUUACGACUUUGGAAGGUGGAAAACCUGUGCUUCAAAGCAGUAUUCCUUCGACUCCUCGAAUAUCUUUCAGCUUAUCGCAUACGAAAGGUUUAUGUGCAGUGGCAAUUUCGUGUGACAGAGAGAUUGGCAUAGAUAUAGAAAAUAAGAAUAGAAAAGUGAAAGGUUAUCUUGACAUUGCAAAGAAGUAUCUUUCGGAUGCCGAGUUGAAUUGGUUAUUGAGUCAACCUAGUUAUCAGCAAAUGGAAUCGUUUCUCCGUAUUUGGACAUUGAAGGAAUCUCUUGUCAAAGCAACUGGAGAAGGUAUUGCAAAAGGUUCACUGAAAAGUUUUGAAUUAGAUACGGAAGCGUUGGACAAUGUGUUACACAGUUGUAGAAAAAUAGUUGUCGGAAAAUAUUCCAGGUCGACGUAUAACUUUUUGCUCUUAGAAAACAUUGAACCUGUUUUUAUUGCAGUCUCAAUAUCUUAUCCCCACGUAGAAAAGAUUUCGUUUUUAGAUAUCGAAGGAAAUUGCUUCUUAACUGAAUCAGCUUUCCGUCCAGAUGUGAACAUUUCACAAGAGGUCUGUCAAGUCUGUUGUUUAGAAAAUAGCAAUAAUGAGGCAGAACCUGCAAAAUAUAGAUGUCCUUCUUGUGGAACACGAACUUGUUCAGUGCUUUGUGUAAGAAAACAUAAAGAACAAACAGGUUGUGAGGGAAAGCGACAAAAAUCCAACUUCAUACCAAUGACGCAAUAUACGGAAGACACUUUUUUAAACGAUUAUACUUUUUUGGAAGAAGUACAUCGUGCGUCAUCGUCGGCACUGGUGCAACUACAACGUUUGAAGGACGACCAAAAAAGCAGUUUUCACAUCCAAAAGAAGAACAAACUACUUGAGAGAAAAGCAAAACAGUCGAAUGUCAGUGUUUGUUUUCUUCCUCGAGUUUUCACCAAGGCAAAGUUGAAUGAAUCCGUUUACUCUUUUAAGAACUGUUGCAUCUUUUGGUCACUUCGUUUGGUUUUUCCAUAUUUGAAACUCGCCUGGCAACUUAUGCGUGUUAACGAGAAUGAGCCUCUGAAAGAAUUGUUUGAACGUAUUCUCCAAUCAGUUCCUCCCCUUUCAGGAAAUAAGAACCUAUCUCAGCUUCGACAGACCUACUCAAAAUAUAAAGUGGAAGAGUUGCAAGUCAGAUAUUGCAAGGAAAAGUAGUCGUCGAGUUUCCAACAAUUGCU